UCAGAUUCGGCGCUCAUCCUGUGGCCGCCAUCCUGUGAAUGCGCGCUCGGCGAGAACCCUGCCAAAACUGUCGUAAACACCAUGUAAAAUGUGACGAUGGCCGUCCGAAAUGUGGGCGAUGCCAGAGAUCCGGACGAGAUUGUCUACGAGCUGCGCCGCGCCUGCACUUUCUCCACAGCACGAGCCAGCAGCCAUCGACGCCUCGUGAAACUCGAAAUACCACGAUACAGUAUGUCGAUGAGACGCCUGAGCUGACUGCUCGGUACGCACAAGAUGCGUCUCCACGCCGGCCAGCAGACACUGCACCACCGUCCGCUGAAACAGUUGCUGUUGCGAGUCCCAGGAAUCCUAGAAUACCCCCCUGGAAUACAGCACCGCCAGGCGUACCAAGCCCGACGAGUCUUAGAACCACGUCCUCAUCUCAUUUGAACUCGCCUGGUGCACAAUCCGGAGCGGUCCAGACUCCAAGGCCGUUAAUAUUUGAGAGACAGUCUGCGCAACCGCAACUCAGUCUAGAAGAAGCAUGUCUCCUGCGUUACUUCGUUGAAAAUUUGGCUAAAUGGUUCGAUCUCUGUGACCCCGAACGACAUUUCGCCGUCGUAGUUCCACAACGCGCACGAGUCUGCCCCCCUCUUCUAGACGCUCUGCUGUCUGCGUCGGCGAGACAUUUCAGCACUCUUUCUGAGACUCGGCAAAUUGAAAUCACCCUCAAAUAUGGCUUAGAACGUGGCCUAGUGAUCGGUGAAGAGUCCACUCUGAGCUAUCACAGCAGGUGUAUUGCACACUUGAGAUCCGUGAGCGACGAGCCAGAUGCAAUCAUGGACGAGAAUCUCUUAGCAGCUGUGGUCGCUUUGAGAUUCUAUGAAGAACUUGACAGCCCGUUUAUCGAUCUCCCCAAUGACACCGCCGUCCGAGGACUCCAGGUAUUUCUGGAGGCCCAGGCAUCCUCGGCCCUUGCAUCACCGGGGCUGCGUCAAGCCGUAUUCUGGAUAGGCUUCCGGCAGGAGUUUCACAUGGCGUUUUCUCAGCAACGCCCUUUUCGACUUCCUCUGGAUGCAUAUGAAAAUUAUCGACCGGGGGAGAAGGCCCCGGACUAUGUCUGGGUCAACCACCUCCUAGUGAUCUGCGCCCAAAUUGUCCAGUACUGUUUCAAUGACCAGUACCAACGGAGUUAUACGGGGUACGAUGAGCUCGUGGAACGUCGAAACCAAUGGCUUCGCAGCUGUCCCUCCUCGUUCUCCCCCGUGUACUUCGAACCGCCAGACCACAGCCGAGGCGAACUGUUCCCCAAGAUGUGGUAUCUGGAUGAUUGCCACAUCGUGGCGAUUCAAAGCGUUGGGCUCACGAAUAUCCUUCUGGCUGCGUACAAUCCACACACGGCUCGCAUCGGCCUCGCGCAUCGGAUAGCUAUGUCCCAUAUCGAUUCCACCAUUCGAUCCACGGUGCGUGAAAUCUGCGGCAUUGCCCUGUCGAAUCGCCAGUCGCCGACAGCUCUUCUGACUGCAUCUUCUGCUAUCAUGAUGUGUGGGGAGCGUUUUACAGACCACGUAGAACAACAGGCUUUGAUGCGCAUUCUGAUCGACAUGAAUCAGGACUACAAUUACUGGCCGACGGCAGCGAUGCAGGAACGACUUCGAGAGGCAUGGGAAUGGGAUGCAACUGAAGAUGCGCAUCAAUGAAAAUUCAUAGAAACAAAUAUGGAUAUUAUCAUGUAACACAACCAGAUUGGGAUCGUCCGUAUAGUUCGAGACCCGUGAAUUAUGACGCUAUUCGGC